AUGGGGGACUUGCAAUUCGCAAAAACAUUUCUCACCUCAUUGGACAAUAAGCCGACAAAGUAUCAACCAGAUCAUGUUUUCGACCCAAAGACGUUCCAACUCCGAACACCGUAUACGCUCCCUAAACUGUCCACUCCACCUCAUCCCUCACCUCCCAAAGCAAAUCAGACAUCGAUCCCAGCUCCGGGGUCUGAAGCCGCUGCACCGUCCGUCUCUGUCAUUCUCAAAUCCGCACGAAACCCUAACAUGACAUUGACUCUGACAUCUCUCAACCCUUCGACCACAACAGUUCAAUCGCUCAAAGAAUCAGUGCAAUCACAUCUCGGUGGGCCUUCAGUCGUCGGUAUCGACAAGAUCAAGGUUCUGUUGAACAAGAAACCCAUUCCUCCGUCCAAGAAAACGAUCGCCGAUGCCCUGGAAGGUACUUCGUCAGAAGGCACGGAGGUAGAGUUCGGCGUGAUGGUCAUGGGAGGCGCCCCGGAUCCCCCACCACAGGUAACCACUCCCGUGCCAGUAACGCCGGCGGUGCUGGACUCGUCUCCAGAUACCAAGCCGCGCCCAACUUCUGAGAUGGAGGGCGUGGAAUCAACUCUGAGUGACCCUGUACAGCCCGGCAAGGCCAGUGGCAGUGCCGUGCUGGAAUCUCCCGAGUUUUGGGACGAUUUACAAGGGUUUUUGGCGCAGAGAUUACGGAAUCAAAGUGAGGCAGAGAGGGUACGAGGAAUUUUUGAACGAGCUUUCCAGAGCGCGAACUCGGCGCCUUGA